AUGAGAGCUUUGAAACACCUUAAACAUCACUCCAGGACCAAUUUGGAGGAGCAGGCAGUUCCUCUGGUGCACUGCUACAAUGAAGUGAUGGGGAGUGUUGUGGACACUGGCACACAGACUGAUCCAGUAGUGGUUCUAUCCUUGGCUCAAGCAGCUGUGCUGGGCCUCAUAUCUCAGAAUGAAUUCUUUGGCACCACCAUUGCCCCUAAUGGCUUUUACACAGGAGAGGCACGUGACUGCCCCCCUCCACCUCAAGAGGCAAUGGAAUAUGAGUAUUCAGACCAAUUAAUUGGUGCAAAUGGAGACUACCUACCUGAGCCCAAUGAAGGGAAUAUGAGGGCACAUGGACAUUUAGGGGUGGAGAAGAGGCGUUCAGGACCUCGGGUAAAGGCCAAAAGGCACCAAAGUGAAAACGAUGAGGCAGAAGUACUGGCUAAGAAGUCCUUAGAUGUACAGACUUGGGUAAAAGGAGAACAGCCUGAAUAUUCCAGCCCCUGCUACUACUCAAAUAAUCAUUGCAAUGACAGUGAGUCUGAAGUAUUGGAUCUUGCCCCUCACAGAAUAAUGUUAAAGGAGGAGCAAAAUAAAGACAGCCCUAAGCCUGCAAAGGAGUCACACAAGCAACAGAGUGAUCCAGAUUCAUACAUACCUCCACAAGGCGCUGAUCACACACAGGAAAGAGAAGCACACAGACAGCCUGUGGAAGGUAGCACCAAACAGGAGGGACCAGAUGAGCAAAGAGCACUGAAUCUUAAGACUCCCGAGGAGGAAGUGAGCCCAGCAAUGAGACGCUACUAUGAAUCAAGUGUUUUGACUUAUGAGGCUGCUGAGCCAGAUCAGACAGCAGCAGAAUAUGAUGAUAGUGUACCAAUAGCAGCAUGGGCAGAUGGUGAAAAUCCUGUGGCCCGCCGUGUGCAGAUUGACCGUCUGGAUGUCAAUGUGCAGAUUGACGAGUCCUACUGUGUGGAUGUGGGUGAAGGCCUGAAGCGCUGGAAGUGCCGAAUGUGUGAGAAGUCAUACACGUCAAAGUACAAUUUGGUAACACACAUCCUGGGUCACAGUGGGGUCAAGCCACAUGAGUGUCUGCACUGUGGAAAACUGUUCAAGCAACCAAGCCACCUACAGACACAUCUGCUUACUCACCAAGGCACAAGGCCACAUAAGUGCACUGUGUGCAAGAAAGCCUUUACACAGACCAGCCACCUCAAGCGCCAUAUGCUGCAGCAUAGUGACAUCAAGCCAUACAGCUGCCGCUUUUGCGGACGUGGGUUCGCCUACCCCAGUGAGUUGCGCACACAUGAGGCCAAGCAUGAGAAUGGCCGGUGUCAUAUUUGCACACAAUGCACCAUGGAAUUCCCCACCUAUGCUCACCUCAGGCGGCACCAAAUCAGUCACCAGGGGCCUGCUGCCUUUCAGUGUAGUGAGUGCCACAAGAGCUUUGCCUACCGGAGCCAGCUACAGAACCACUUAAUGAAGCACCAGAACAUGCGGCCCCACAUUUGUUCUGAGUGUGGCUUAGAGUUUGCGCAGGUUCACCACCUCAAGCAGCACCUGCUCACACACAAGGUACUAGCACAGCAGGCCCUUGAACACAAGGGUAUGAAAGAGUACAAAUGUGACGUGUGUUCUCGUGAGUUCACCCUGUCAGCCAAUCUAAAGCGGCACAUGCUGAUCCAUACCAGUAUGCGGCCUUUCCAGUGUCACAUCUGUUUUAAGACCUUCGUACAGAAACAGACCCUCAAAACCCACAUGAUUGUCCACCUUCCUGUCAAACCCUUCAAAUGCAAGGUAUGUGGGAAAUCAUUUAAUAGAAUGUACAACCUACUUGGCCACAUGCACCUUCAUGCUGGUAACAAGCCCUUCAAGUGCCCCUACUGCAGCAGCAAGUUCAACUUAAAGGGGAAUCUCAGCAGGCAUAUGAAGGUGAAGCAUGGCAUUCUAGAUGUCUCACCAGAUGGGCAAGACAGCCUCCCCGAUAUGGAGGGCCAGGAAGACUAUGAGGAAGACAGCUUUGAAUACAGUGAAAGAGAAAAUAUGGCAAGCAGCAACACCCAAGACCUGGCUAAACUGGCCGAGAUUGGGUAUUACAACUAUACGAAGGCUGCUACUUACUACACCACAGCAUAAUGCACUGUGAGACACUCACUCACCGAUAGCCUGUUUUUUUUUAAGCCUCAAGGUUUUAACAUGGACUAAUGAUUAAAUGGUUACCUGGUGGUUGUGCACUGGUAUUUUAAUUACUCUAUAAGAGGAAAUCAUUCAUAUGCCUCCAGAUCAUUAGAGAUUGACAGGUUUCAUGAUAGGUUCCAAUGUGUGUAUAAUACUACAAGUAUAUUUAGGUUUCAAACAGGGGGAAAUCAGCUAAAGGUCAUCAGCUAAACAUUCAUCGCGGGAAAAUGAUCUAAAGCCAUACACAGCUUUGGAAAGUUUUCAAAAAUAACACUUCUGAGACUAAUAAAAAAAGAAAUUCGGCACACAGAGGUGCACUGGGAACACUCCUCAGCCCUUUGGAAAUAUCCAAACCAUGUAAUACUAAACCAUUAAAGCUUCUACAAAAACACAAAAUAUAAUGCACAAUAAUAAAUUUUAUAUUUAACAUGAAUUCAAAAAUAAAUAAAUUAAUUAAUACAAUUGUUUAGGAAGAAAUGCUGGAAUCUGGUGAACUAACUUUUUGUAAAUCAUCUACCACGUCACAUGUAAACCCAACUAUUUUAAUAGGAGGCUUGAUUUGCCUAAUUAAUUGUUUAACAACAUUCACACCCAUCAGUUUUAACUAGAACGAUCAAUACUAAUAUUUUUUUCAAUAUUAGCAUUAGCUAAAUUAGGGAGCCGUCUUAGCAUGUGGGUGUCUAAAAUUCUAGGUACUGGUACCACAUCAUUCUUAAAUAUUAGAUGUGAUGACCCCAAAGUGUAACUGCAUUUAGUAACUGACACACCCCAUAGAGAUUACUUUAGAAAUAACACCAUUACUUCUGAUACUCAAGUAUUGCACAUUUUGCUCAGAAAAUGCUAGCAAUACAUUACUGUGAUUAACAACCACACUUUUAUUUCUUAAAAAAAAUAUUUAAAAUAUUACAAAUAUUUAAGUUUUGAUUUUUUUUUAUCUGUAGUGCUAUGAAGUGGCAUAGCAGAAAUGUAUUGAACUUGUUAGGGAAGUGUUGUUUUAAAUCUGAUGAUGCCACAGGCACCCUUGACUGGGAGACCAAGAAUGCCAAAUUGGCCAUUCUCAGAAAAGGUGGAGUCUCAUUGUCUCUCUUUCCUAUCAAUCAAACCCAGUAGGCUUACAUGACAUUGUGUUAUUCUGACCAAUUAUGUUAGCACAGCUAUUCCUUGCACAGAUUACAUCUAGACACAGAAAUUGGCCUAGGCUUCUUUGACACUCUAGCUUUGACCUGGAAGUCGAUCAGCGGAAGAGCCACUAACAACAUGGCAUCGUUAUCUGCCUUUUGAUAGCAACAUGAAUUCAAGGGACAGCAUCCCCCUCAUUUGUACAAAAAGUAAAGUGUACAGCAUAUACAAAUACAGCAAUACUUCGUUCCCCUGCCAUGCAUUUAUAAUGGGACAUGGGCAGUAGUCAAUUUAAAUGGCCUAGUGCAUGCAAACUUACUAACACUAGGAAAUCAGUGUAGUGAACUGAGAGUUCAAAAAGAUUUAGUCAGCUGGUUUCAUGUAGUACAGUUUCUAUAGCAACAGGCCAUUUGUGUUAGGAGCUGCUAUCAAAAUUAGGCAAGGUGCAAAAUCUUGUUUGAUUUUAAUUGUGUAGUACAAAUUAAUUAUUAAUCCCAUUCCAGACAGUUUUAUAUCAUGUUUGACAUAUUUGAGCCAUUUUUAGUUUGCAAUGUUAUUCUUUAUCAUCAAAAUUCCAUUUUCUUGGGAUGCUUGUAAUGUACCAUUAUUAGUCUGGUAUAAUAUAUCUGGGUAAAAAUGUUAGCUUUCUCAUUAAAGCUAGAUUACAUGGUUCUUACCACAUUAAUUCAGGGGACCAUACAAGGAACACAUUACCCCAUAAUUCGUAGGACUUCUAUUUGUCUCCAGGGGUAAAUGUAAAUAUCAAGCCACAAACAAUUUUCCCCACCCCGCAUAACUAUAUUAACCGUCCCUGUGUAACACUGUGUGGAAUACAUUUUUUUCAUAUGGAGAUCUACAGUGAUGAAUUACAGUCUGCAGAGGUGUGGCAGGGCCAUAGAUGCAAGGCACAAUGACUAUAAAGUUAAGCAAUUUUUAAAAACAUUUUUUCUUUCAUGUCCACUAAACAGCUACCUGGUCAAGGCUACAUGUUGUAACAGCACAAAAUGGUCCAAAAUGGACAUUUCUACUGUUUUAAAAGCUGUCGUUAAGGCUUGAGGUAUCCUGCCAUACUAAGCAGGGCAAGUCUUGUUUAAGUUUUGUAUAAGCUUUGAUUUUGUUUGCACAUCAUUGUACAUAUGCUGUUGAUAAAGUUCUAUGUUAAAUGUUGUGCUCUGAACAACACUGUAUAUUAAUAAAUUUACCUUUAAAACUG